AUGGCUGUCGAGUCUGGCCCUGCCGCCUUUCCGGUCCCUCCCGCUGAGCUCUCCAAGAUUGCGACUGAGGCAUGCGAUGCCGCUCUGAAAUCGUCCGAAGGCUAUGACCACCUCCUCGUGGCCUCAUGGAACUCUGCAAUCAUUAACUCCGUUUUAAAAGACCUCAUCGUUGCAACCACCCCCGACCAAAACUCCACCCCACCGCCCUACCGAUUCACGGUAAACAGCACCAUUGUCCAGCAAGGCGUCAUCGACAAAGCCGCCGCUGGAGGCUCCGAGGAAGUCGGCAAGCGAGGCAUGCACUCUGCAUCUGGCGCCUUCUGGGACGUGAACCGGGACGGCAUGUGGACGUUCAAGUACCCCGGAGCUGAAGAGCGGGGUCUGGACGUUGUUGUCAGCGUUACCUGGUUCGCCAUGGGUUAA